AUGAAUAUACUCACUGUGAUCACUAUUUUAACUGCUGCAUAUGUUGUUCAAGUGCUCUCAAACAAAUUUCCAUCUGGUUAUAAGCCUUAUUCAAAUGAACCAUCAGAUGGACUUACUGAAAGUCGAAGAACAAAAGUGGAUUUUUCAAUCUUUGAUGCUGUUUUGCAAGAUCGUACUUCUGGACAGAUGAUCACAUGGAAUCCACUUUAUCAAGAUUCCACCUCACUUUCAUACAAAGAAUUAUCUGCUACUUUUUGUCAACUAAUCGUUGGUUUGGUCACAAAUGUGAUGACUCCUGGAUCAAAUAUGGGUAGAUGUGGAGGUGUUAUAUUCUCGCAAAUAAAUAUUCAUAGUGCGUACGAUGGUGUAAUCAUUGGUGUGAAAGCAAAAUCAUCAUUGCACUUUUUGUAUCCCAACGAACACCAAUUAAAUAUGGACUCAAUAAUGACCAAAUUGAAAGCUGAUUUUCGUCAUAGUAACAAGCUGUCAUUCUUGAAAAUUAUGCAACUAACAGCACAAGCUGCAGUAGAAACCAUGGCAGACACGAUUCCAUCGCAGCAGUCAAAAAGGAUAUUGCCACCAAUGACCAUGAUCGACAAAGUCCCAAAAGAAAAUGUACAAUUAACAACCGAAAAAACAAUAAUCAGAUAUUUAUUUGUUCAAAAACCAUGA